CUUACAUAAUAAUAGUAAAGGAAGCGUUGAAUGUUAGAAUCCAAACCAAGUACAGUCUAGCCUCGGCAAGUGGUACCUUCUGAAGCCCGGAGAUCGGAAAGAACCCCAUGGCCCUAGUCCUAUUGCGUCGUAAGGUACCUGAUAUCAUCGCGAUCGAAUCACAAUGAUUAUGGUUUCCGAGUGGCUUGUUUUAGUUGUUUUAGACUUUGGUCAUGCGUGACUAGGUUACUUGUCUGGUGCUCCCCCCCAAUACAUGUAUCUCCAGUAUGCACUCGGUAACAUAUUACUUACCACUUCGGUAAUGUCCAGCUCAUACAGCUCAUAGCUUUUGACUACCUCCUCCUGACCAAUUGCGACGCGCCACCAUUCCUACCAAACCCUCAGUCUCGUGCUGCCAUCUCCAGCCUAGACCGUGUGACAGCCUACUCCCUUACAUCUACUGGUCUAGACGGCUAAAUUCAACACACCCUGGUCUGCUGGUCCCAUUCUACACAAUCCAUUCCUCUUGCGACAUCCACAUAUAAAACAACCGAGUUAAUAAGAAUUCCUUCUGUAACUUCGGUAUCCUUCGUUUACUCCGACCAACUUCCUACCACCCGCCCAAGAACAUAGAAACGAGCUUCGGUAACGAAAACGAUACCGCCCGAUCGAUGACCUCGUCAUUGCCGAGCUCCUCGUCCUCGGACCACGAAUCUUCGUCGAAUCGACAAUAUGAUCCGCCUCUGAAGCUAAAGAACAAUCCUGACCCUGCGUGGUCAGAGAGUACCAUAAGGAUAAACGCUGGAGAGCCUCAUGAUCCAGAUGGACUCAAUGAGAGCUCUCCACUCCUCUCCCCCACUGGGGUUGAGCGAGAUUCCAUAGACGAGAACCCCGCGAAACAGGCAGAGGAAGAUUAUUUCCAAUCGACCAAAAGCGUCUGGUAUCUUUUCCUCUUGACAAUCAGCCUCGGAGGAUUACAAGUUGCUUGGGCAGUCGAAUUAUCCAAUGGCACACCAUAUCUUCUAUCCCUCGGCCUAAGCAAGUCUCUUAUGGCUCUUGUAUGGGUCGCUGGGCCGCUCACGGGCACUUUGGUUCAGCCGUAUGUUGGUAUGCUCAGUGAUAACUGUAGGAUAUCUUGGGGCAAACGCAAGCCAUUCAUGCUAGGCGGCGCCGCCGCUACAGCACUGUCCUACAUGUUCCUCGCGUGGAUUCGAGAAAUCGUGGGAGGAAUACUAGGCUUAUUCGGAGCUGACCCAGCUUCCCAUGGUGUGAAAGUCACCAUAAUCGUCAUUGCGGUCAUUUGGAUUUAUGUUCUAGAUGUCGCUGUCAAUACAGUACAAGCUUCCAUUCGAGCUUUUAUCGUCGAUUGCGCUCCUUCCCAUCAACAAGAAGCUGCGAAUUCUAUGGCCAGCAGGCUUGUGGGAAUCGGCAACAUCAUUGGAUAUAUCGCCGGCGGUAUUGACCUUCCAAGAUACACCUGGUGGUUUGGGAGCAGUCAAUUCAAGGAUCUCUGCGCGAUCGCAAGCAUUUUCCUUUGCUCGACAGUAAUAUUGAGUACCAUAAUCAUUCGUGAGCGAAAUCCACAGCUUGAUGGACGACCUGCUACCGAUCGACCUGGUCUCAUAACUUUCUUCGUAAAGAUAUUUGCAUCGAUAAGGAGGCUUCCACCGCAGGUUGCUAAGGUCUGCAUUGUUCAAUUUGCUGCAUGGAUCGGGUUCUUCCCCAUGUUAUUUUACACAUCAUCCUAUAUCGGAGAAAUCUAUGUCGAGCCCUUCCUAGAAGAGAAUCCCCACAUGACUGCAGAAGAAUUAGACGACCUUUACGAGAAAGCGACUCGAGUGGGCACAUUUGCUCUACUGAUAUUCGCCAUCACAAGCCUCGCGACGAACGUACUACUCCCCUUCUUCAUCGAUCCAACUUACGACAAUUCCGUUAUCAGCAAUACGGCCGGACACAUUCCCGGUGCCCAUCAAAACUCCGUUACUAAUGGUAAGAGCAUCCUAGCCCGUCUAGUUAUACCUGGCUUUACCUUGCGAAGGGCAUGGUUGUUGUCCGAAUUCCUGUUUGCCGGUGCGAUGUUCUGCACGGUUCUUGUCCGAAGCGUUGAAGCUGCCACGGCACUCAUUGGCAUAAUUGGCAUUACAUGGGCUUUGGCGCUAUGGGCGCCAUGGGCCAUUAUCAGCGCAGAGAUAAGUCGCCGUAAUAUUAUGUAUCAGGCUCGGAAGCAACAGAUGAGGUCUCUCGUACAAGGCGACCAGUUUGACGCUGCUAACUCUUCCGAUGGGGAUCUUGAGCGAGACCCCAGUUCCAAAAUCGAUGAGGACGAACCAGAUCAAGCCGGGGUGAUUCUCGGCAUUCAUAACAUGGCAAUCGCUUCACCACAGUUCAUCGCUACUCUCGGUUCAAGUAUAAUCUUCCGCAUGUUCCAGAAACCAAGAGGCGUUCCCGGCGACCAUAGUAUCGCCAUCGUCCUAGCUUGUGGAGGCUUCUUCGCACUCGUCGCUGCCUAUUUCAUUCACAAGAUUAAUGAUGAGGUACCCUUACCAACAGCUGCUUUAUACGCCGCAGAAGAGGGUGAUCCAAUCACAUCUCGACCGAGUACGUCACACAGUAAGACGAGUGUCGACCAACCUCGAGCUAGCCUAGAUCGAGCAACUGAAGCUAGAAAUAGCAGUUUCGGUGCUGGAUUGGAAUAUUGAUAAUGCUUCCGGUGGGCCACCACAUCGGUCGUCGCGUGACACACAUCGACAAGAUUGUCUGUAUUAAACAUGUCCGUAUCACCCAACCCAUUUAGCGCCAUAAUAUGUAUACGUAAGGAUAUACAAGAUUUAGAAGUCUGUCGUCGAGUUUUGUAAUCAGUUAGCAAGUAUGGGAGAUCAUGAUGUAAAUUAUUUAGAGAACUGAUAGCGCAUGCUCAUAUAUGAAGUUAUUUACAGCAUUCUAAUCCUUGAGGUUAUUUUUGACACACCAAUCAAUAUCAUUUCAAUGUUAAGACACGUUCUGAUCCGCAUUGAGUGAUCCCCAUGGGGUAUAGCAGAAAAUAGGGCUCUUGGUCUGGGCCACGAUUUGACAAUAGGCUAAAUUCCAC